AUGAAGAAGUUGAAGGGUUCCACAAUAAUCAAGGGUUGCUCAUAUGAAGGUUUAUCAAAUGAAGCAGCCUUUGUUGGUGGAUCUGUUGAGAAUCCUGUUGUUAUAAACGAUGUUGUUGGUGAUGAACUUGGUACAUCUAUUACGGAAGGGAGCACUGUUGUAUCGUCAUCUUUAUUUCAAUCUGGAGAUUAUUGGGAUAUUGGUGAUGCUUUGUACUCAUGUUCGCAUUGUGGUGCGAUUUUUUGUUUGCUACCCCCGGAUGGUGUACGUCCCAAGUUUGCCCAGUUGUAUAUUUAUGACACUGAUAAUGAAAUCAAUUAUAGGAUGGGGUCAGUGAGGGAAAGGAAUGAUGUAAAUAAUCUUCACUCUGAGAUUGUAUGUGAUCUACAAUUUAUGUUGGAUGAGUAUAAUGUGUUGGUAAAGUCAUUCCGGUUGGCUAAAGAAAUGAUCAAUCAACAUAAUCCACCAAAUGUUAAAUUGAAGUUGCUUGGUAAAAGAGGUCGGGAUGGAAGGACUUAUAAUCUUCCUUCCGUGUCUGAGGUGGCCAUGCUUGUGGUAGGGGAUUUUGAUCAGGCGUUAGGUGAUAGAGACAUUGUUGUUGAAAAACAGUCAGGCAAAUUGCAACGUAUCCAUGAACUUCAUCCUUCUUAUCUUUCGUUGCAAUAUCCGUUGUUGUUCCCGUAUGGAGAGGACGGUUAUACUGAAUUUAUAGGUUUUUCCGAUUCUGCCACUUCUUCAUUGAGCAACAGAAAGAGAGUUAGCCCUAAAGAGUUUUAUUCGUACCGCAUUCAUGAUAGAGCUUUUGAGUGUUCUAUUAUUUUGUAUGCGAAGCGAUUAUUUCAACAAUUUAUUGUUGAUGCGUACACUGCGAUUGAGUCUGGUCGUUUGACGUAUGUACGAACACAACAGAAAAAAUUACGAGCUGAAAUUUAUAGCGGGUUGGAGGAGGCCGUUCUACGUGGUGAAACUGAUAGUUCCAGGCAAGGAAAACGAAUAAUAUUGCCUUCCAGUUUUGUUGGUGGUGCCCGAUAUAUGAUUCAGAAUUACCAAGAUGCCAUGGCUAUUUGUAGAUGGAUUGGCUAUCCUAACCUGUUUAUAACAUUUACUUGCAAUCCUAAAUGGCCUGAGAUUACUAGGUUUCUUGGGUCUAAGGGUUUAAAAUCGGAUGAUCGCCCUGAUAUCGUCAGUAGGAUGUUUAAAGUGAAAUUGGAUGGUUUCAUAAGGGAUGUAAAGACCAAAAAAAUCUUUGGAGCUGUUAAAGCAGUUAUUUACACCAUUGAGUUUCAAAAGCGUGGAUUGCCACAUGCACAUAUCUUGCUUUUUCUAAGUAAUGAGGAUAAACAACCUCAUCCUCGACGCAUUGAUGAAAUUAUAUCUGCUGAAAUUCCAGAUCCAGUGAUUGAUCCCUAUUAUCAUGAGUGUGUGAAAGAAUUGAUGAUGCAUGGGCCAUGUGGUGUUGUGAGAAAAUCGUCUCCUUGCAUGCGUGAUGGACGUUGUACUAAGUAUUAUCCCAAGAAAUUUGUUUCUGAUACAGUGGUUGAUGAUGAAGGUUAUCCAAUUUAUAGGCGCAGAGAUAAUGGUCGAUUUGUGGUGAAGGAUGGUGUACCUUUGGAUAACAGAUAUGUUGUUCCUCAUAAUCGAUUUCUCCUUAUGAAAUAUGGUGGUCAUAUUAAUGUUGAGUGGUGCAAUCAGUCCCGGUCAAUCAAGUAUUUGUUCAAAUAUGUACAUAAGGGUUAUGAUAGGGUGACAACAUCUUUUUUCCAAUCAGGUGUUGAUGGUGUUGAACGAAAUCUUGAUGAAGUUAAGUUGUAUUAUGAUUGUAGAUAUGUAUCAUCCUGUGAAGCUGCUUGGAGAAUUUUUGGGUUUGAAAUUCAGUAUAAAGAUCCUUCUGUUGAAAGGUUGAGUUUUCAUCUUCCUAAUGAACAACAUAUCAUUUUUGAUGAAGCUGAUUCUUUAGAUAAUGUUAUGAGUCGGAGGACCAUUCAUGAGAGUAAGUUCUUAGGUUGGAUGGAGGCAAACAAGAUAUAUUCUGAAGGAAGAAAUUUGACAUAUGGGGAAUUUCCGAGCAAGUUUGUUUGGAAGAAAAAUCAUUGGCAACCUAGGAAGCAACGUUAUUCGAUUGGGAGGUUGUUUUAUGUUGCUCCUGGUUCUGGUGAUAUGUAUUACUUGAGAUGUCUGUUGAAUGUCGUUAAAGGAGCUACAUGCUUUGAGGAUCUUAGGGUUGUUAAUGGUGUUCAGUAUGAUACAUUUCGCGAUGCAUGCUUUGCUAUAGGAUUGUUGGAUGAUGAUAAAGAGUAUAUUGAUGGAAUUAUUGAGGCUUCUUUUUGGUCCUCUGCCCAUUCAUUGAGAUUGCUCUUUGUGAGCAUAUUGUCAUCAGAAUCUGUUUCUCGUUCGGAAGUGGUUUGGCAAAAGUGUUGGAAACAUUUGUCCGAUGAUGUUGUUUAUAACCAAAGAAAAUUGAGGAAUCAACCUGGUUUGGUGCUGAAUGAUGAAGAAAUUAAAAAUUAUGUGCUGGCUGAGAUUGAGAAACUGUUAAAGAAUGUUGGUAAAAGUUUGCGAGAUUACCAUGGUAUGCCGUAUCCAGAGUCACAGUAUUUUGAGUCAUCUCAGAAUACAUUGGUCAGCGAUGAGUUGUGUUAUGAUCGUGAAGCUUUAGCGUAA